UAUUCGUGCGCAGUGCGUUAAUUUUUUUUUCAAUUCAGUUUGUUUUUCUGAUAAUUCAUAUUACAUUGUUUGUGAAACUAUAAUACUGUACAUCAACAGCCAAUUCGUAAUUCGUAAAGAUAAACAACAUCAAAAUAGUUUUCAUCAAGUGAUUUCUUCAAAGUUUUGUUCUCACAUUUCAACCUUUCUUUUUCAUCUGGUUGCAACUCCCAAGCAAGAUAUAAUGGCGAAGGAAAUUCCGAAGUCCGCUGUUUUUGGGUACUUCAAAUUGUCCGAAGACGAACAUUGGUAUCACUGUCAAUGUCAAAUAAUGGUAGAGAAUGAAAAAAAGGCAUGCGGAGCACCAAUUAGUGCAUUUAGAGGAAACGAUGUUAGCAAACCAUCAAGAACGUACAAUUUAAAGAGGCAUCUAUUAAGGCACCAUCCAAAUAUCCACGAAGAGGUCUUAAAAAAGGAUUCAGAAAAUGAAAAGCUGGCAUCGACAUCAUCAAAAAAACAUAAAUUAACGGAAACGAAACAAUCUGCAAUACGUCAAUUUUUCACAAACGAUAAGAUGACUAUAACAAUGACUGAAAAAAAGUUCAGACAAAGCAUUAUAGGAAUGGUAGUCCAUGACAACGUAGCCAUUCAGUUCUUUUCAAAGCCAUCAUUCAAAGGGUUGAAUGGUGAAAUUGCACAAAAACUAGGCGUGAGCCUUGAGAGAGAGAAUAUUCGUGCAAUGGUGAUUGGAGAGGCAAAUUCAAAAAAAGAAGAACUUAAAAGAAUACUUAAAAACAGAUUUAUUUUCGUCAAAGUAGAUGCUUGUACUCGCCAUCGCGUCAAUUACUUGGCCAUUAAUGUUCGGUUUGUGGCUGAAAACGGUAAAGCGAUUACAAAGACAUUGGCGGUAAAGGAUACCGAAGCGCAUCAUGCGGGAGAUUACUUGAAAUGUAUGCUGCAGGAAGUAUUUACUGAGUUUGGCAUUGUUAAGGAGAGAAUAUUGUGUAUUAUAACCGAUAACGCUGCCAACAUGAUUAGCAUGAUGAAAUGUAUUAAUCAAAAUAAUGAAAAUUUGUCUGAUGAGAGUGAAGACUCUGCGGAGGACGAUGACGUUCAACCGACCGAUGAUUUGAUCGAGGAAAAGUGUUAUAAAGAUCCUAAUGAAAGUUUUUUAACCGAGUUAGAAUCUAGUGUGGAACAAGCAUCUAGAAAAAUCGAAGUAGAGCACAUGAGAUGUGCCGCACAUACGCUGCAGCUGGCUGUUCGCGAUGGUUUAAAAGAUAAAGAAGCAGAUAAACUUAUCAGGAGGCUUAGGAAAAUUGCUGUUGCUGCAAGAGUGCCAAAAACAGAUGCUAUCAUCAAACGCAAAGCAAAAAAAGGAGCGAUUUUAGACCAAGCAACGCGAUGGGGCAGCACGUAUAUGAUGAUCCAACGAUUAAUCGAACUACGACCGAUUCUUGAUGAUCUCGACAAUGAAAGCGUCAUGAUGAAUCAAUCACAGUGGGAUAAAGCAGAAAAUCUAGUUAACAUCUUAAAGCUGCCAUAUCUUAUAACAAAAAAGAUGCAAGCUGAAGAUCUAACGCCAGGUCAGUUCUUCCAUGAUUGGAAAAACUUAGUUUUUGAUUUGAAAAAAAAUGGGAGGGCCUAUAGCUGAAUGAAUAAUGCACUCAAUGGAAAAGAGAGAAAAUGUCUUGCUUGAUAAUUCGAUUCUACUGUGCGCUGUUUAUGUCGAUCCCAUGGCUCGUAUCCUACUAUCGAAUGAGCAAAUUGCUAGAGCAAAGGAAUCUUUGUUCAAUUUGGCUGAAAGGAUGCGUGGUGGAGUUGCUGAUUCCGGAGAAGAAGAACACUGUGCUGAUGACCCUGUCUCAGAGUCUUCAUCUGCCGAAUCCUUAAAUUUCGAGCAGUUGUUAGAUCGAAACGAACACCAGCAAGCAAAGCGUAGUCGUUUGACUAAAGAGACAUCGAGCAACACAAAAAAGACAUUUUAUGGAGAGUUUCAGGAAGCAUUGAAAAAAGUAGAAAAAUUUAAUCGUGCCACAAAAAAAACGAUCGAAGAAGUCAUUCCCCUCUACCCGGCUAUUGUUCAAGAAGUUGCACGAUUAGUAACCGCCAUGCCACCCACGCAAGUUAGCGUUGAACGUUUGUUUUCUGGUCUAAAAUUAGUAAAAACUGAUUUGCGCGCCAGUAUGAAAGAAGAUUUAGCAGAUGCCAUUUUGUUUUUGAAAUAUUUUUAAGUGUGAUCUGAUGUUUACAUUGUUGUGAAAAGUUUGAGAAAAUUAAAAAAAAUC